AAGCGCUCGCGCCGCCACCCGCACGGUCGCGCGCGUCGUCGACGGCGAGACCACCGACGAGUUCGGGGGCUCCGCUCGUGCCGUCGAGCUCUCCUACGAAAAGUCCAUCGCGGCGGCCCGGCUCGUCCGGGGUCGUGGCCUUCCUCGCGAGCCACGCGACGAUGGACUCGGACAGCGACGACGCGUCGCUCGAGGACGAGGAGGCCGUCGGCGGGCGGUCGCGGGACCUGCUCAGCAGCUUCUACGGGAAGAUGGCGAGCGACGUCGCGCCGCCCGAGGAGGAGGAGGACGAGGCUUUGGACCCCAUCGACCGCGAGGACUUCGACGCCGACGCGCACGUGCGCGGGUUGCUCAAGACGGAGCCGCUGCCCAAGCUCCUGGAGCGCGACGACGCGCUCUGCCGCGAGGUCAAGUCGCUGAGCGGCGACAUGCAGAUGCUCGUCUACGAGAACUACAGCAAGUUCAUCGGCGCGACGGACACGAUCCGCGACAUGAAGGACAACGUCGGCGGCAUGGAGGGCGAGAUGACGUCGCUGAGCGCGGCCAUGGCCGACAUCGACGCGACGUCGGCCAAGGUGAACGCGUCGCUCGCGGACAAGCGGUCGCAGAUCGACAAGCUCGUCCGCGCGCGGCGGCUUCUCAAGCGCCUCGAGUUCCUCUUCGAACUGCCGAAGAAGCUGGCGGCGGCCAUCGCCGACGGGCGGCACGGCGAGGCCGUCACGUCGUUCCAGGCCGUCGACGGCGUCCUGCGCAAGUACGCGCACGUGCCGUCGCUCGCGGACAUCCACGCGGAGUCCGCCGCGAUCGUCGCCGGUCUGAGGGACGCGCUCCUCGAGGAGCUCGCGCGGCCGCCGGCGGCGGGCGCGCCGUCGCUCGCGGCCGCGGAGGGCGGCGUGCUCGCGCGCGUCGUCCUGCUCGGCGACCUCGGCGCGGACGCGGCGGCAUCCGAGGCCGCCGCGUUCGCGUGCGUCGACCGCCACGUCGCCGCGGCCGUCGACGGCGCGGCGCUCGACGGCGCGGCGACGCUCGAGGGCCGCGUCGCGGCGCUCACGGCGGCCUUCGUCGGGCCCUACGGCGCCGGCGCGGCCCAGCUGGCCAAGGUCGCGGAGCUGACGGACGCGCGGCUCGCGGGCGUCGCGCCGGAGACGCCGCGGCCGAGCCUGGACCAGUCGCGGGCCGACCUCGUCGCCAAGUACGUGCUGCGCCUCGAGCGCGUCCUCGCGGCGGCCGAGGGCCACGGCCCGCCGACGGCCGAGGCCGCGGCCGCGCUCGCGGCCGCGCUCGCCGCGGCCGUCGACGGCGCGAGCCGCGGGGCCGGCGACGACGGCCUCGGCGCGCGCGUCGCCGCCGUCGCCGCGCGGGCCGCGGCGGCGGCGGCCGACGGCGCCUUCGCCGGCGCGCGCCGGGCGGCCGCGGACGCCGUCGCGCGCCUGCCCGGCGCGGUGUGCCGCGGCGAAUCGGCCGCGCUCGACGCGGAGCCCAAGAAGGCCGCGGAGCUCGUGCGGGGCGCCGUCGCGGAGGCGUUGGCGCUCGCCGCGCCCCUCGCGCCGUUCCUGGGCGCGGGCGACGCCGCGGAGGACCGGGAGCGGCGCUACUACGCGUGGGUCCGCGACGCGGUCGAGUCGCUCGGCGGCGUCGCCGCGGGGCCCGCGCCGUCGGCCGUCGCCGGCGACGGCGACCCGCCGGCGGGCCGGCCGGAGAUCCGCGACGCGCCGCGGCCCUUCGCGGGCCUCGCGGCGUCCGCGGGCGCGGAGCCGCCGGAGCCGCCCGCGGGCGCGGACGCCGCGAAGGACGGCGCCGUCGCGCUCGCGGCGCUCUGCCGCCUGCUCGGCGACGCGAGCCCCGGCUACGGCGAGCUAGCGGCGGCGCUCCUGGCGGCGCACGUCGACCUCGUCCACGGCGACGUGUCGCGCCGCGUCCUCGACGCGCUCGACGGCGACGCGCUCGCCGCGGCCGUCGCCGCGGCCGCCGCGACCGCGGCGCCCCGCCACACGGACGCCGUCGCGGCCUGCGUCGCGCUCGUCGCCGCCGCGGGCCGCCGCGUGCGCGCCGCGGCGCGGAACCCGGGCGACGCGCCGCUCGACGACGCGGACGCGGCCGACGACGACGCCGCGGCCGCGGCGGCGGCGGCGACGACGCGCAUGGCCGCGCCCCGGGCGCCGACGCAGGCGGGCAAGCGCGGCGGCGGCAUCGAGCUCGACGUCGAGCGCCUCUUCACGUCCAAGGCCGCGCCCAGGGCCGCGGCCGCGGCCGACGACCCCGCGUCGCCGGCGGGCGUCCGCGCGGCGCUGCUCCGGCGCCUCGCGCGCGCGCUCCUCGACGCCGUCCGCGACGCGACGCUCUCGCGGCCCCAGUACGCCCAGCUCGAGCGCGACGCGCGCUACCUCCACGCGGUCCUGCCGAGCCACGUCCCGGACGCGGACGCGCGCCGCGCGAUCGAGCUCGCCGGCGCGGGCGGGCAGGCGAAGUGGAGCGGCACGACGACGUCGCCGGCCGCGGCGGAGGCCGUCGUCUUCGAGUCUCCCACGUACAGAAUCCCCAUCUCCCAGUGCAUCACGAAGAGCUGGGAGUCGUUCUUCUGCCGCGCGCCGUGGGCGCCGCCCGAGAGGUUCGAGGACGUGAGGAAGGACCAGCGCACGUCGGCGCCGUCGGCCGAGAUCCUCGACCACGUCUUCACGUGCGGCAUCGCCGUCCGCCGCGCGCGCACGUAGUCGUCGCCCGCGCCGGAGACCCACUUGCGGAGCGCGGCGCGCGGCGCGAGGUCCACGUUCUUCGCGUAGGACGGCAUGCAGCCGCCGGCCGCGUAGCCCUCGCUGCUUCGCCGGACCUCGUCCGACGUCGGCCAGACGAGGCGCAGCGGCGCGCGCGGCGCGCGGUCCGCGGCGAAGCUGUCGCCGAGCGAGUCGAGGAGCUUCUGCGACGGCUUCGAAAACGAGGAGAAGUUGCAUACGAUCUCGUCGCCCUCGCGGCCGCGCGCGGGCGCCUCCGCGAGGACCUGCGCGACGCGGUUCAUGCCGAACGCGUGCAGAUCGGCGCCCAUGUGGUAGCCCGGCGCCGACGUCACGAGGCGCCCGCGCGCGCCCGAGAAGUCGAAGCGGCGAAGAGCGGCGGCGAGGUCCAUGACGGGGGCGUCGUCGAAGGCACGGCCGAAGCCGCGCCAAUUCCGCGCCGCGCCGCCCGCGUGGACCUGGAGCGUGUCGACGUAGCGGCAGAGCGCGUCCUCGAAGUCGCAGGCGCCGGCCGCCGCGGGCGCCUUGGGCGGGAACUCCUGCAUCCAGAUGCCCUGGGACUUGUGGUCCCAGUCCGUCGGGAUGAGGUUCGCGGUGUGCACGGCCACGCGGAGCGAGUCCUCGAGGCCCACGAGGAAGAACUUGCUGUGGUGGCAGCCCCAGUCGUUCUUGAAGGGGCGCCCCGUGCCCGCGUGGAGGAACUCGAGCUUCUUGGGCGUCAUGUCGUGGAUCUCCGCGCGCGGAAACAGGCCCUGGAGGUCGCGGGCCGUGCGCGCCUCGCCGUGGAAGACGACGACGCGCUCGACGUCGCGGAGCGCGGGCCACGCACGCGCGAGCCAGCCGCCGGAGAUCAUGUAGUUGCUGAUCACGACGAACUUGGGGCGGCCCAUGGCGACGUCGGCGAUGGAGACGGCGCCGCGGUUGCCCGGCGACGCCGCGCCGAGCGACGUGCAGUAGAGCGGCCGCCACGCGUAGGCCGCCGGCGCGGCCGACGCGGCCGACGCCGCGGGCGUCGCGCCGCCCUGCGACCCGAGGCACGCGACCUCGUCGUCGUCGUCCGAGCCGCGGAGGUCGAUGCAGGUGCGCUUGGCUGCGGCGCCGUCCUCCUCUUCAAGCGUGCGCUUCUGCGUGGCGCGUUGCGUGCCGCAGGUGGCGCACGCUAAGAAAGCGUCGUUUUCAUUGAUCAUCGUACAUGCGCCGCACUCCCACGGCAUCGGG